AUGAGUCAGUUUGAAAUCAAUUCGCAAUCCUAGAUACCAGUUUAAGAAAGAAGCAAAUUCAAUUCGAAUCGAUAUUUAGGGACUAACUCUUUAAAUGGUUAUAAUCAAAAUACUCUUGAGUAAAAUGAAUCGGUUCCUUAAGCCUCUUCAUAACCAAAUAAAAAUUAAUAAACAGGGUCAAAAUUAGCCUCGGAUACUUUAUAUGACUACUCUUAGAUUGGAUAGCCAUUAAUUAAAGAUCAGGAUUAGUCGGAGUAAAUACAAAAGUUAACAAAAGAAAUCGAUACAUUGAAAUAUUAGUGGAGAGCUCUCGAAUAGGAAAAUCAACGAUUAAAGUAUGAUAACAUUCAAUUGAAUUAAAGAAACAAAUCGAGUAUGAAUGAAAUACAAGAAUUAUAAGAUCAAAUAUUAAUUUCAAAAAAUGAAAAUAAAAGAUUGACAAGUAUCGUUUAAGAAGAUCAAUUCUUAUUGAUAGAUGUACAGAAAUUAAGGAAAUAAGUAGAAUUAAAUAGAGGACUUGAUUUUAAGAUUAUUGAUUUAGAUUAGUAACUUAUAAGCCUCAAUAAAUAACUUUUAGAAUCAAAAAAACAAAAUGCGUUUUUAGAAUCUGAACUUCAGAAUCAAAAAGAAAUCAUUGAAAAAUACAAAUCAUAAAUAAGAGAUUAAACUCUAGCAUAUGAAUCAUAAGUCUUAAAAAACGAGUAAUUAUUGAAUGAUAAUCGAAAAAUGAAACUCGCCUUAGAUUCAAUUAACUAAGACUUAAAUUAGGAACAGGAGCAAAACUAAAUCCUUAACUAAAAACUCAGUUAAAUUUCAUUAGGAGCAAAAGAUCAAAUAUCUAAUUUAUAAAAAAGUUAAUCCAAUCUAAAUUUAUAGAAUGAGUAAUUGAAGAACUAAAUCAAUCUAUUAUAGUAAAAGGAGAAAGAAUUGCAGGUUUCCCAAACUCUGAAUAUUUAAUAGGAAAGUAAAAUAGGAUAGAUAAAUCAAUAAUUAAAUGAAUGUAUCUUUACUAGAUAAAUUGAGGAAAGUAAAGCAGCAAUUUCAAGUGCAAAAGCUGAAUAUAAUAAAUUGGCAACUACAUGCCAAUAAUAGGAUUAAGAAAUAAAGAAAUUAAAAGAAAAAAUAAAUUCUAUGACUUAACAAAACACGAUCAUAUCAAAUAAAUGUACUUAGUUGGAGAAGAGUCUGGAAGAAGGCUAAUAAAAAUCGUAGAUGCUGUCAUAAGAUCUAAAGGGGAAACUGGAAAAAUGGAAGAACUAUGGGACUCAGUUGGAAUAAGAAUUAAAGAAAAGGGAGACAGCUUUAGUCAAUUUAGGGAAUGACUAUAUUAAGUCAGAAUCUCAAUUAAAAGCAGCUCUGGAUAUGUAAUCUCAAUUAAGAAAUGAAAGAACUACUUCGAUAGGAAAAUUAAAAGAAAUGCAUGCUGACUUAUUGACUUAUGAGAAAAAAAGUGAUUCGUUAGAGAGAAAUAUUGUGGCACUUCAAGCUCAAAUUCAAAGUUCAUAUUAACAUUAAGAAAGAUUAGAAUAGGAAAAAUAGGUACUAAAUUAAGAACUUAAAUAAUUGGUAGAUGAACUGCGUAGAAUAUAAAAUUAAUGUGAUUUAAGAGAUAGAGAUAUUUAAGAUCUGAGAUCUCAAAAUUCACUUUUGGCUGAAAGGAACAUUACUUUAGAACAUGAAUUGAGUCUAGAAAGAGAUAAAUAAUUAUAAUUAGAUUCUAAGGUUAGGACUUUAGAAAAUGAAAUUCAUAAAUUAAAUUUUUAGCAUACCCUUCGACAAUAAUAUUCUUGGAAUAUUGACCCUCAAUAAAGUCUUGGUAAUUCGAAACCUUUGUUCCCAGAUUUAAGCCAGGACUUUUAUUCUCCAUAAACAAAUAUAUAAGGAAUUAAUUCUCCAAAGUAUCCUUAGUAUGGAAUUUAAGUUUAACCCAAUCACAAGUCUACUGAAGUUUAAAAUUCUGGGUUUGAAAAUUUAAGCAGCAAUCCAAUUCAUUAAAUAAAAAACAAAAAUUACAAUUCAAAGUUCUAAAUUUAACCUGAAAAUUAAUUAAAUUGA